CAUUUGAGGCGAGCUGGCUUUAAUAACAUUUGUACGUUGUUACAGCAGACGCAAAUACUGUAAUAUGCCGAGCCACCAGUACUUUAUAGGCGUGGAUGUGGGCACGGGCAGUGCGCGAGCAGCGCUGGUCAAUACCAAGGGUCAAGUGGAGCACCAGGCCGUGGAAAAGAUCAAAACAUGGACACCCGAUCCGGAGUUCUAUGAGCAGUCGAGCGACGACAUUUGGCGUGCAGUCUGUAAGGUUGUCAAGCAUGUCAUUAGCAAUAUCACUAGAGCACAAGUGAAGGGCAUUGGCUUCGAUGCCACUUGCUCCCUGGUCUUGAUUGAUAAAAAAGGCAGCCCGCUGACUGUAAGCAAGACUUCUGUAGAUGAACAAAAUGUCAUUCUUUGGAUGGAUCAUCGCGCCGCUGAAGAGGCGGAUCAAAUAAAUGCCACCGCGCAUCCCAUACUUAAAUACGUGGGGGGCAAGGUGUCUCUGGAAAUGCAGAUGCCCAAGCUGCUCUGGCUCAAACGUUACCUGCCGUACUCAUUUAACAAUAUGGGGCGGGCCUUCGACCUUCCCGACUACCUCACCUGGCGUGCAACAGGUGUCGAUACUCGCUCCCUCUGCUCUGUGGUCUGCAAGUGGAACUAUGAUGCCGAGGAGAAUAAAUGGAACGCCGACUUUUUGCGUAGCAUCGAUCUCGAGGAGCUGACGCGCUCAAAUUUCUCAAUUAUUGGCAACCACAUGGAGUCACCCGGCAAGCCCGUGGGCUCGGGCCUAACCAAGUUAGCUGCCGAAGAGCUGGGCCUGCUACCAGGCACAAUGGUCAGUACGUCCCUAAUCGAUGCCCAUGCUGGAAUAUUGGGUACGCUUGGCUGCCAAGCAGAAGAUAUUGACGAGGAUAUAACCACUAGAAUGGCUUUAAUUGCCGGCACAUCCACCUGCCACAUGAGCUUGACCAAAUCCAUUUGCUUUGCGAAGGGCAUUUGGGGUCCGUACAAAAGUGCCGUGCUACCCGGCUACUAUCUGAACGAGGGUGGCCAAUCGAUUGCGGGCCAUUUGCUGGACCAUAUACUGAAAUCGCAUGACAGCUACGCUACGCUUAAGGAUAAGUUGGGCGGAGAUAAAUAUAUUUACCAGCACCUCAACCAGUUGCUGCCAAAGAUAGCCGCGUCGCAAGGCCUCCCCGACAUGGCCUACCUAACGCAGGAUGUGCACGUGUGGCCGGAUCUGCACGGCAAUCGUUCGCCCGUAGCGGAUCCAACGUUGCGCGGCAUGAUAACUGGACUGGAUAUGGCGCGCGGAGUGGAGUCGCUGGCCAUUAUCUAUUUGGCCUUCGUUCAGGCUCUCGCUUACGGCUCACGGCACAUUAUUGAGAAUCUUUACCACUACAAACGGCCGCAGUUCAAAUCGAUGCUCUUCUGCGGCGGCUUGUCCAAGAACCCGCUCUAUUUACAGUGCCAUGCGGAUAUUUGCAACCUGCCGUGCUUGGUUCCUUACGAGGAGGAAAUGGUAUUGGUAGGCGCUGCCGCCUUAGCCGCAGCUGCCUUUGGCCAGUACAAUAGCCUGGAGGCCGCCGCGAAAGCCAUGUCUGGCAUGGGGCGUGUGAUAAAACCUAAUGAGAAAACACAUGAGCUGCAUGAUCGAAAGUACAAAGUCUUUCUGAAGCUACUGGAGAAUCAAUACGAGUAUAAACGCAUUAUGCAUCCAGACAGUGCAUAAGGAUUCCACACAACUACGAUUCGAUGGUCAACACUUGAAACGAAUUUUUAUCAAUAAUGUAAACUGCACACUAAUUAGAGCUCAAGUAACAAACACUUAUGAGACGAAGACAGGUACAGUUGAUCUAACUGGGCUGAAAUCCAGAGUUAGGCAAUAAAUGCAGCCGCCUUCGAGUCGAUUUUGCUGCGGCAAACUGGGCA